AGUCAUUUUAUAUGGGUAAGACUUAGCGUCCAUAACGACAGAAAAGUUGACUGCUCCGAAGAAUGACUUUUUUUUUCUUUUGUGUAUAAUAUUUAUGCGAUGUUAAGUUAAUAUUAUAUUAAGCAAAUAUAAUUUCUUCACUAUGCCAUUUACAAAAGUUCCUGUUGUACAUAAAUUUGGAAUAAUCUCAGCAAGUCAAAGACUUGAAUUGCAAGAGAGAUUACUGAAACAGACGUUUUUGAAAAGCAACGUUGGAAAAAGAGCAGCCACUGUGCACAGAAAUGAUUUUAUUAUUUCUGAGGAAUUCAUUAAUUGCUUCAACAAUGCAGUAAGUUUUAAAGAGAAAGAAAAAUAUGAAGAAAGAGCUAGAAAAAUGCUAGAAAGAGCUAAGAGACGGUCAGGAGUAAAAACUUUAGGCCAGGGAAACCAUGUGGACAUUGCACUUGCAUGGACAGAAAUGGCCCAACUGGCUCAGUGUAAGGGAAGGAUUCAGGAUGAAUGUUUAGAUGCUCUGAUUAUCUCCCUUGAUAUAUCACCUUUGGAAAAAUAUCACAUAACUGCAUUGUUUUAUUUGGCUGAGACUGCUCUGUAUUGGCUUAGAACUGAUUCUGUUAAUCAACCAUUUCUAAGAACUAAUGAAAUCAAAAUUUUAAAGAUGGGACAGUUAGUGUUUGAGAGACUCUUCUACCAUCACAUGGCAGGACAACUACAACUGUAUGGAGAAUCCAAAAUGAGGCUCAGCACUUACAUAGAAGGUCUUCAAAAUUUUCAGCAGUUGUACGAUCCCUAUCCCAAUGCUUUGCUUUCACUUCGAUUUGUGAUUGAAGUAGGGAAGAUAAUAUUAGCGGACAUGACUUCUGCAACUACAGAGUUGAAAGAGGAAAAUAAAAUGUCACAGAAACAAAACAAAGAAGAAUUAUCUCACACUGUUAAAAGUUUGCCAGAUAAACAGAGUCAAGAAGAUAAUCACUCUGUGUGGAGUGCUGCCAUCAGCUGUUCAGUUCAUGACCUCAGCCCUACAUUAUGGCAUGCUUUAGAUGUGUGGCGCUGUACCAAUGGAGUCAGUGGUGGUCAUCAAGAUGCCCUCAAGGCACUGGCCCACUGUGGCCUUGGACUAGCCAGUGAAACAUGGAUUGAUGGCACAGUGGCUAUACAAAUAUUGGGAAAUGCUGCCAGUUUAGACAUAGAUGCCCUGAAUGUGCUUUUCUUACUUGCAAGAGGUGUUAGAUAUAUUGAGGACACAGCACUGACAGAAAUGAGUCAACCAAAAGCUUCAGAAGGUGAAUUCAAUUUAAACAGUCAGUUUCUCAGUGAUCCUUCAAUAACAUCUUCAUUAAGUGAUAUUGAUGAAGAAGGGGAGAUCAGUAUGGAUUCUAAAAAUAAUUCAGGAAAAACAUUACAAAAGCCUGAAAAAGUAACUAAAAGCAAUGACACAGACAAGUUUCACAACAGAGAAAGUGGAAGUGAUUCGGCCAAUGGUGCUACUACUAGUGAUCAAGUUGGAGAUGCCAAAGAAGAAAAUAAUCAAGAAACUAACAACAGGAUUUCUACAGAAAAGGAAGAGAAAUCUGAUUUGACUAAUGUAUCGGUUUCUGAGGUCCCUGGAAUUCUGGGAUGGCAAUGGGAGGUCGCCAUCACCUAUGUAGAAGUUCUAGCUGAUAUUGUGAUCAAUGGAACUUCAGCUGCUAUACAGAAAUCUGCUCUUCUUGGUAGCAAUGAGGAUGUAACCGCCAUAAUGUACAAGGGAGCUAAAUGCAUUCCUUUUGAAUCUCCUUGCCACAGUGCUGGAUUAUUAGACCUUGUGUUUUUUAGACUAAAAGACAAUGAAGAUGGCAUAGAUUGGAGUUGGCGAGUGAGGUACCAAGCCAUUCAAGCCCUGACCAAUGUCUCUCACAUUUUAACCAAAGACCCGUUGAGAGAAGGCAUGUGCACCACAGUGAGGAGUGUGUUGCUUAAGGCUAAUGCAAUAGAGAAAGACUUGCGUGUACUAGAGGCAAUGAAAGUGGGUCAGAUUCAGACAGACCGAAGAAAAUUCAUAGACCUAAAGCAAGGGGAAAGAUGUCCCAAUAUAGGGAAUCAAAUAGCCUCAUGUCUGUCUGCCAUCUAUUUACCACCCAUCCCACCACCAGUUGCAGAACCAACUAAUAAACAGACUGCUGAUGAAGUUCAAGGUCACCCCAAACGGGCUGCACAUUUUGUUCAGAAAGAAAAAGAGACCAAGCCUUUAAGAACUUCCAUUAAGCAAGAGAUACAGCUAGCAUCACCAUUUGUUGACAAAAUCCCAGAUUACAACACAAGGAAAAGUUUUGAUUUGAGAAGAAUUGUUGAAGACCAGUGGAGAAAAGAGCUCCAGUCAAGUUUAGCAGAAGCAGAGGAAGAGAAGUUAAAACAAAUGUUAGAGACCAAAAGAAAGGAAGAAAUAAGGUUGCACAAAGUUCCCAGUGAUGUUAGCAUAAGUUCAAAUACACUCUUUAAUGAAGUGACUGAAUAAUUGUAAAAUUCUUUUAAGAAUUUCUGCUGCUUCCUUCAUGUUUUUAUAUUUUGUUUGUCAAAAGCCAACAAAUGUUUUGUUUUUGUUGUGAAUAAAACAUUUUUUCACAUG